UUGAUUACAUCCCCGUCUUGCCAGCCAUGUCCUCGUCUACUCCAUCAUCAUCGUCAUCCAGCCCACAACGAAUCACAUCAAGCAAAGCUUUUCUCAAUCUCUCACGACACACUCUCAAGCAACUCAAGUUCGUCCUCCCCGGCGGGGCUGUAACUUACCUUCUUGGAACCCUCGCCCGGUUCUGGCAGCUUGUCGAGGAGGAAACAGGUUGGGCCCGAGUUUACGCACGAACGACUCUUGUCUGCGGACUCUUAACCGUCGGAUUAUUUCUUUACAUCUUGCUUGUCCCAUGGCUUAAAGGUGCCCAACCAAACUACUCCCAAUGGCGACAGUCGGGUGAACUCUCGUUUGUCGUACCCACGCUCACAGCUUUGAUGGCCUUAGGGUGGCCCCUGCUGUCCUAUACACUAAGCCAUUGGACCGAUCUGGGUUUCCUAAAAGGCGUAGUGGCUUCAUCCGGUCUAUACGCUCUUGUCUUUGGGUUACUCGGUCUUGUCCCAGCACCAAAGAUGAGGCGGAGGUGAAAUGUAAUGUAGACCCGCCUUCCUCGCCUCACUCCUCCGUUACUACGUCGUUACCUGUCUCCUUACAUGCCGGGUUUCGUGUUACGUUUGAUGAUGACUUCUUAUAUCGGAUCCACCAAAAAGAACCCCUCAUACCUUUUCCCUCUUCCUCUUUUUCUCCCUUCUGUUAAUUUUGUCUUUGUUUCUUUGUUUCUUUGUUUCUUUGUUUCUUUGUUUCUUUGUUUCUUUGUUUCUUUG